GCUCGCUGGUUCGCAUGAGAAAAGAAAACCCAAACCCGACCCGCAGCCAAGCGCUGGCCCCGGGUGUGGUGUGAAAAGCCUUUUCCCGAGGAACUCGCCAGGAACUCGCCAGCCCCACGCCAACGCCUGGUGCAGAGACCGGCCGCAACUCAUUGCAUCUCCCACGGCAGAGCGUCCCCCCCGCCAUGCUUACCGUGGGCUCGGCAGAGGAAGAAGAGGGAGAUGAGGAGGAGGAGGAGGGCGACGUGCUCCAUGGCUGUCCCAGGGAAAGGUUUGCAGCCACCCAGCCCCACAGCCGAACGCGGCAGCGCUUCCAUCCCCGCCGCGCUCUGCCCCACGGGGAUGCGGGGUACCCCGGCAUCCCCCCAGACGUGCACCCCGGUGGGGGCUUGGGCUGUGUGUGUGUGGGGGGGACGACAGCGGGGGCGGCAGCAUGGAGGAGACCGCGCAGGGGCGGAGGGUGCGAAGGAACCGCGGGCGGGAGAGGAAGUUGCUGCUGGACACAGCCGCCGGCUCCGAGGGGUUUCGCACCUCUCCGGCUGCGGGGAGCUCGCUCCGGUGCCACCGGAGAUGCUGCGCCACUGGCGUCCCCGGCGCCCGCUGGCACCGCUGGCGAUGCCCGUCCUGGUGCUGCUGGCCGCGGCCGGUGGCCGAGGCUCCCCGGAGUGCCGGGAACAAGCCGUGUCUGCCGGUGGAGAGCUGCGGCUGCUGCCGGAGAAACCCCUGCAGGGGUGGGUAAGGGUCGUAUGGAGAGUGAGACUGGAUAUGGGACUCAAGCAAUGGAUCCUGAGGGCUGAGAAGGAUAAAGAUGCCCAAUUGGCGGAUGGCCCUUUUUCUGGGAGAGUCCUUUUCCAGCGGGAGAGCCUGUCCCUGCGGAUCAGCCGGGUCAGUACGGCAGACAGCGGGGUCUACCGGGCAGAAUUUGAGGAUGCAGCAGGAGCUCUUAUUCCCCUGUGCUUCCGCGUGCGGGUGUGGGAGCCCGUCCCCCAGCCGCGCCUGGAGAUGCGCGUCCUGCAGCGGGAGCAGAACCGCUGCAACCUCUCCCUGCUCUGCACCGUGCCCGGCGCCGACGCCGUCUCCUACAGCUGGUCCUGCUCCGGGGAUCCCCUGGGAGCCCUGGAGCACCAGCCCCGGCUGCACCUGCAGGUCCUUGGGGACGCCAAUGCCACUGUCUGCCGCUGCAACGCCAGCAACCCGGCGAGCUGGGGCACGGCCAGCGCCGACCUGGCAGCAGCCUGCCGCCACGCCGCCACAGGGCUCUUCAACAUUGUCCCAUGGUGGGCAGUGGCCGUGUCCCUGCUGCUGGCGCUGGUCAUCUCUGUCGCCAUCGCUGUCAACUGCUACAGGUGGAGGAAGCGAAGAGAGGACGGUCUGGCAGCUCCCCUAGGAGACGUUGAGCCGAGUAUGACCGUCUACGAGGAGGUGGGCAAAGCCCAAACCGGCCAAGGCCCUCCCCGGAAUGAGACCAGUGAGGCCGCUGUGGGAGGAAACACCAUCUACGCCGUCAUCACCAAAGCACAGGGACCCAGCCGCCCUCCGGAGCCCGAAAGCAGCACCAUCUACUCCCUGAUUCAGCCCAGCAGGAAGUCUCCUUCUCUCAAGAAGAAGAGGCUGGACCCAGCUUUGGUUUCCACGGCCUACGUAGAGGCUACGGGGGGUUCUAGACACUGGCGCCCCCCAUUGCAGACCUCCGCACCGGCUCCUGUUGACCACCACCUCUCCUAGCGCCCCGGCCACCACAGCAAGACCUGUCCUGGUUUCGGCUGGGAUGGAGUUAAUUUUCCUUUAGUGGCUGCUGCGUCUCAGAUUUGGUAUGAAAGGAAUGUCGGUAAUGCGUACUGGUUUAGUUGUUGCUGGGUGAUGUUUAUAUUAGGCAAGGACUUUUUUCAGCUUCCCAGAGAAGCUGGGAAGGAGCAGAGAUGGGACAAGUUGGCCAAGGGAAUGUUCCACACCGUAGAUGUCAUGGUCAGUGUAGAAAUGGGGGUUGGCUCGGGGAAAGGGAUCCGCAAUCGCUGCUGGGGAUGAGCCAGGCAACCAGCCCCCAGGUGGUGGGAGCGCCUUGUGUUGUACUGCUUUAUUUAGUAUAUUCUUUUACCAUUAUUAUUAUUAUUGUCGUUAUUUUCCUUUUCCGUUAUUGUUCUAUUAA